AUGACUCAUCAGUUUUCCCGUUCAGGCUUCGUCACUGUUGGUGCGGAGCUCAGUAUUCUGGUGGUCGCCCACGGCUCUGGAGUUCUUGUGGAGCUCAAGAGCGGUGAAACCCUGAACGGCACCCUUGUUUCCUCCGAUGCGUUCAUGAACCUCGUCCUUUCGAAAGUGAUUCAGACCAGCCCCGACGGCAAGCAGUUUUUAGAACUGUCCGAAUCCUACGUUCGUGGUAGCAACAUCAAAUGUCUCCAACUCAGCGAUAAGGUCAUUGAUGAUGUCAAGAAGCAGGCGGAACAAAACUCAAACAGUCAUCAUCGCAGUGAUGGUCGUGGACGUGGACGUGGUGGCCGAGGACGUGGUGGUGACCGAGGACGUGGUGACCGCGGCCGCGGCCGUGGAGGACGGGGUGGUCCCCGUGACUAA